GAGAGAGAGAGAGCGAGAGAGAGAGAGAACGCGAGGGUGACAUCAAGAAAGAGAAACAAAGAAGAAGCAGAAACAUUUUAGCCAAUGACAGAGGACAUGUUUCCACUGUGAUGUAAAUAGUGGUCUCUUUUCUGUUGACCCUGACUGUGUGGGACUGCUGUGCUGCCGAGCUGUGCGCAUGAUGAAUAUCGACCUGACUGAGGAGUGAGAGGCUACAAACGGACCAGAGUGGAUCUCUGGCGCCAAAAGGCUAAGCUUCUAAUGCAUUUUUAGAGAUGCAGUAAUCAAACGUGCCAUCCAUUGUUUGAUGAUGUAAUACUGUUGGAUUAUUAUCAUAUGGAUCAAGCAUGGAUGCUGUAUGAGGAGGCUAAGAUGUGUUUUUCAGAUGAAGCUGGGAACUCACAAAAAUCACUGUAAAGAUAAUAAAUACCAUCUUAAAACCUAAGCCAGUAUGAAUAGCUGCUCCUAUUUUUGCUUAUAAACCUUCACAUAUUCAAAAGAGAGCUUUCACAUCUCUCAAAACAGUAGGACCAUUAUUACUUAUUGUCACGUCCCCUUACACAGGGCCAGACUGACUUUUGAAGUUAUUUUUGAUUCACAUCACUUCACAAGAGCAGAAUGAUGGCGGCAGCAAGUUCAGCAGGCUCCCUGACCCCAAAAUUGAGUUCCCAGCCCCCCACCAGUGGAGACCUGCGGCUGGUGGACAAGGCCCUCAAAAGACUGGACAAGCUCCGCCAGCUGUGCACUAAUCCCCGGCUGGGCCUGAGGAACAGUCCACCAUACCUGCCAGAGUUGUUAUCGGAGACAACAACACUGCUCACAAAGGUUUGGGAGCCCUACCGAGGCCUCAGCGUGGCAGGCGGCCAGGUGCUCCGGGGAGAUGAGGUCAAGUACCUGAGGGUCCAUGUCAGAAACCUGCUGGAUAAGACGGAGAGAGCUUUGCUGCUGUUUAAAGAGGGACGGGAGAAAAUGUUUGAGGAGACGUCCAGCUACAGGAGGAACUUGACCAAACUGUCCUUGCUGUUCAGUCACAUGCUCUGGGAGCUGAGGGCCAUGUUUCCAAGGGGCGGUUUUCAGGGUGACGCCUACAGGGUGACUAAAACAGAGGCUGCAGAGUUUUGGAUGCGUUCAUUUGGAAACAAGUGUGUAGUGCAGUGGCAUAGGUUCAAAGAGCAGCUGCGGAGUGUACACACAUUUGAGGAAGGGAUGGAGUCCAUGGCCCUAAAGUCAACAAUAGAUCUCACCUGUAAUGACCACAUCACUGUGUUUGAGUUUGACAUCUUCACUAGACUGUUUCAGCCCUGGGGGUCACUCAUAAGGAACUGGAACCAGCUAGCGGUGAUUCAUCCCGGCUACAUGGCCUUCCUCACCUAUGACCAGGUUAUAGGUCGUCUGGAACACUACCUGCACAAACCCGGCAGCUAUAUCUUUCGCCUGAGCUGCACAAGAAUGGGCCAGUGGGCUAUUGGCCAUGUGACCAGUGGAGGUAGCAUCGUCCAGACCAUCCCCCAGAAUGCACCUCUCUAUCAGGCACUCAUUCAGGGCUUCAAGGAAGGCUGCUACUUGUACCCAGAUGGCCGUGAUGUGAACCCCGACGUGACAAGCUUGUAUGAACCGGCCCAGAGGGGCAAAGUCAAAGUUACAGAAGAGCAGUAUGAGCUUUACUGUGACAUAGGCAGCACCUUCCAGCUGUGUAAGAUCUGUGCAGAGAGGGAUAAGGACACUCGUAUCCAGCCCUGUGGGCAUCUCCUGUGCCAACCCUGCCUUACAGGCUGGCAGAAGUCAGCUGGCCACACCUGCCCAUACUGUCGCUGCGACAUCAGAGGAACAGAGUCCAUCCUCGUCGAGCCCUACCAGCCAGGUAGCGGUCAGUGGGAGGAGGAGGAGGAGGAACAAGAGGAGGAGGACCAUGAGGACAUCGAACUGAUGGUAAAAGAAAUGGCUGCCCUGAGGAAGUUCUCAAGUUUGGAUUACCAGGUUCCCAGGUCCCACCGCAGCGCUCCACCUCUGCUCCCUAAAAAAAGCACAACCCCACACUGUCCAUCUCCCUCCAGUCAAUCCCAAACAUCAGAAACCAAGACUGGACCAACACUCCCCCUCCCGUUCAAUGGAGCAGCAUUGCUCGUACCUUCCAGUCCAGUCAAACAGAGACGAAGACAUAAAGAGGGGGAGGUGUGGAGAGCAGGGCUCAGAGAAAACAAAUGUGACCUGGGAGAGAUGAUGAGAAGAAUGUCGUCCUUAUAGAAAAGCAACCUCCACAAAAUACAGACUCUUUUAUUAAAAUGAGAAAUACUUGGGGACUAACAUCUCCAAUCCAGAAAUCAGUCCUCAUUGAAUGUAAGAAUAGUUUCUGGUGUCAUGUCUAACUGUAAAUGACCGUGUGUCAACCACACUGCUGAAGUUGUGAUGAGUGCGCGGGACUGACAGGAAACCUGCUAACAGAGGCCUCCUACUGUUCAAUAAUCACACUGUCAUUACCUCACUCAGAGAGUGAGAGUGACUUAAAACAAAAAACACACACCUGGAGCUAAGGAUUUAUGCAUAUUAUAGGCAUAAGUGCAUACAUUUUUCACAAGAGAGAGAUGGUUGAAUCCUCCAAUUUUAAUGCCUUUGUUUAAAAUAUAUUUUAAAAAAACAAAAAAAAAAAACAAGACGGGCUGGUCUUUUUAGGACUAAGGACAGCAAGGCAUACUACCUUUUAUAGACCAGUUUUAUUGUGUUAUUUGAAAAAAAAUACAGUUUUUAAUCUCAUAUCCAUACAUUAAGGAGGCUUAACGAGGGCUUUUCUUCUCUGUACUUUCACCUAUUUUACUCAUAAAUGUAUUAUUGUGUAACCUUGGUUUAAUUCAUGCCGUGCAUUUUUAUCUUAAUGGCUUAUUUAUUCUUUCGGGCGCUUGUACAGCAGUGUUGUUACAAUUUUUCACUGAUUCUUUCAAAUUAAAUUGUUUUCUGAGCCUCCAUGAAAUAAUAUAAAUUAAUGAAAGGCUUGAUAUUUGAAAAUGUAAUAUAUUAUAAACAAACGAAGGGGGGCAAUCACAUAUAGUGAAUAUAUGAAACAUUAGAAAAAUGCUACCUCGUCAUUUAACCCAUUCCUUAAGUUUGUUCUUAUGAAUAAGUUAUGUGAAUAAUUAAAUGUUUCUAUGUAAGUACACCAAACAGUCUUUCAUGGUAUUAAAAUCAAACAAAUAAAACUGUAACUGACAUAUACUUAUGCUCCGAUAGUUUCAUUUGGUGUUUUUGUUUUCUCUCAUUAUGGAUGUGAACAGACAAAUGAAAAUUGAAUAUAUACCAAGUGGUUUUAUUUAGUUUUCUAUGUUAUAGCACAUGUGUUGAUUUUGGAUAUAUGAGCAAGAAAACUUCAUAGGAGACAAGGCAUCAGAGAAAGACAGAAAAGUAAAGUCAGGGCUGUUAAAGAAAAUGGGACUGAGGGGAACCAGUCGAAACAGUAAAGAAAAGUAAAGUGAAAAUUGGUCAUUUCUUCAGGGAUUGGCUUCCAAGGUGUCGUCAAUCCAGCCAAGGAACUGACACAAUUUGACGUAGACACCGGGGUAGUUAGGCAGGGCACAUCCCUGACCCCAUGACACCAGGCCGUGGACCUCUCCGUCACACACCAAAGGGCUGCCGGAGUCACCCUGACAAAGUAAGCGUGAGCAUGCGAUUAAUUCUUAAUUAAUUAAUACCAGUUAGUGUUUGGAAGUUAUUGUAAAACUCACAUUGCAUGCGUCUCUGCCUCCAUCCAUGUAUCCGGCACACACCAUCCUG